AUGAAGUCCAUCGCCAUUCUCUCUUCCCUCCUCUUCCUCGGAACUGCCACCGCGCAAACCGUUCAGUCCAACCCUUUCCACCUGGUUAUCACCCAAGCAGCCAAGAAGUCUCUGAACGGCGAACAGCUUUCGGGAUGCCAUUCCGGAGCUGGUAUCGAGUCACUCUGCUUGGCCGGCCAGCCCAGCGGCCACUUCUACUUCAACACCACCAAGGGAGAAGAAGCUCCUAUCAAGGGUGACGGCCUUCCCGGUGUUCUCAUCUUCAACUUGCCCUACAACGGUGACCUCAUCGAGUCAGAGCCCAUGAGCUUCUACAGCGAUCCCUCCACAAAUGUCGCCAUGCCCAUGUUUGAGCCCGGCUACAACGAGCAGGAGGUCUCCUUCAACGGAGACCAACUUAUGGGAAUCUACAGCUACCUUAACGAUGCUGUCACCCCACCUACUGGUGAGACAGUCAGGUCGCUGAAGAACUGGUAUGUCUGUGAGACAUACUAUGAGGGAUACACCUACAUGACUUUGAACUGGGUUUUGGGCAAUGGCUCCCAGAAGCCUCAGAACCCCAGCUGUGUUAAGGUCGAGGUUCAGCGCAAGUUUUUGUAA